AUGACCUCGAGCUCGGCGCCGAUCACCUUGCCCUUUUUCACCAUCAGCAGGCUUCCUCUCUGACUCCUUUGCUUCACGAGCCCGUUGAGCAACAGAAGAUUGGCAUCGUGGACGUCUGCGACUGGGACCACAUUAGUGUCAACAUCAUAGGCAGCAUCUGGAUGCGCGUCCACCAGUUCGACACACGACUGCGCCAAUUGGUGAGGACGCACAGGGAUUCAGGAAGAGGUCGCCUUUCACUGCACGUUGAGUCGGCAGGGGGGGUCCCAAGACCACUUUGAGGUAAGCGACUCGGAGGGCGCGACGGCCGGCGCACGCGAAGGGUGAAAAGCCGCAACAGGGAGAGGGCGAUGACGAGGAGGAACAACAGCAGCAGCAGCAGCAGCAAGAGUCACACCACGAGAUAUGCGUCUUGGAAGGUAAGUUCGGCUCCUGCCAGGCGCGGUAUGGAUUGGACUAGAUGCCCGACUCACGAUCGCGUACCAGCCUGACCUCUGGGAUUGA